AUGAUGAACCUUGAAGUGAGCACAACAAAACAAAUCGGUAUCGGACUAACAGUUUUUGGAGUGUUCUUCAUAUUCCUAGGUGUGCUGAUGUUCCUUGACUCGGCUCUACUUGCUAUUGGAAAUCUUCUGUUCAUUGUGGGUAUCACAUUCAUCAUCGGAGUACAACGAACGCUGGUUUUCUUCUUUGAGUUCCGAAAGCUAAAAGGCAGCAUUCUUUUCUUCGGAGGAAUCUUCGUUGUGCUUCUCGGUUAUCCAUUGUUCGGAAUGAUUGCAGAGUGUUGGGGAUUUGUGUUGCUUUUCGGAGGAUUCUUACCCGGAAUCGUUGGUCUGAUGCGAACAAUUCCUGGAAUCUCUACGAUCACUUAUCUUCCUGGUAUCCGACAGAUUCUCGAUCGGCUUGCACCAGAGUCUAGGUACCCCGUCUAA